CCGGUUUCUCGGUUCCCUGAAGCCGCUCAGAGUGGGACCUCUCGCGGUGUGUCGGCUCUGCUGGCUCUGAUGAGGAGCUGAGCGCAGGUCUGCAGGUAUCUCAGGUGUUUCGGUCCUCCUCGGUUCUGUCGGCGGCUCAUCUUUACUUGGACGGAAGCUGUGGUUCAGAGACGAUGACGGAGCAGAACACGCAGGCAAAGCUGAAGAACCUGCUGAAGCAGGAAAAGAUCCAGCUGUGGAACCCUCCCUACACCCAGGAGGACAACCAGCCGGGGGACCAGCACCUGCUGGAGCUGGCACAGCGGUACGCCCCACUCCUCCACCUGCCUGCAGCGGAGGUAGGGGGCGCUCUGGAGUCAAUCCGCAUCCAGGCGGUCAGGAGAGGGAAAGGAAACCAGACGUUCCGAGAGACGAGCGUGGCGACGCUGGAGCUGCUGCUGCCCAGAGACGCCAAGCAGGAACCAAAAAGGAAGAACUACCUGGAGACGAGGCUGGACCUGCCGGUGCAGCAGCUGGUGGACAGGAUCACCGAGGAGUUCAGCCUGAAGCACAUCAAGCUGAUCCUGAACGGGAGAACCCUGAGCACCGAUCAGCGUCUGGAUGAGCAGGGAGUGAAGAACCACUGCAAGGUGAUGGUCCUGAAGGUAAGCGACGCAGAGCAGAUCACCAAGGAGGAAGAGGAGAAGAAGAACCAGAGCGAGAGCAUCCAGAGGACGCAGAAAGGUUUCCAGAUCCUGUCUGAGAGAGACGGCAGCGAGGAUCCAGACACCACGCCCUUCCUGGAGAUCGCAGACCAGAAGGGAAACCCGCUGAAGAUCCCUCACAAGGAGAAGAAGGCUCUGAUCCUGGCCAUGGGCUUCCACGAGAAAGGCCGCUCUCUGAUGAAGAGGAAGCAGUACGACAACGCGCUGUGCCACCUGCUGCAGGCCGACCAGCAGUUCAGUAAGUGCGGCUCGGCUCUGCUCGGCUCCGUGGACAACUACGCGGUCCUGCAGCUGGACGUGGUGUGGUGCUACCGGGCCCUGGAGGCGCUGUCCUGCCUGGAGGACAGCCGCAGCCGCCUGCAGAGGGCUGAGGAGUGUUUCCUCAAGUGCUACGGAGAACAGCAGCAGAGGCUGCUCAUGAUCAAGGGUAACACAGGCCGGGAGGAGGUUCUGUUCCUGCGUCUGUACCUCCUGCAGAGCCUCCUGUCCUACAUCGAAGGAAACGACCGUCAGGCUCUAGUGCUGCUGUCUAAAGUGGAGAAUCUCUACGGACGCCUGAGUCCGGACUCAGAGAAGAUGGCUCAGCUCAUGGCUCUGGGAUUCACUGAGAGGGAGGCCCGGUUGGGACUGCGGGCGUGUGGAGGAGACCUGCAGGAGGCGGCCAUCCACAUCAGCAACCGUCGCCAGGAGCGUGAGGAGCUGAAGCAGAGCGAGAGGCAGAAGAGGAGGACCAGGAUGGAGGCCAUCUCCAGGCUGGAGGAGCUGGGCUUCUCCAGGAGAGACGCUGCCAGAGCUCUGCACCACGCAGGAGGAGACGUGGACAAAGCCUACGCCAUCCUGCAGGACUCUUCUCAGGCGGCUCAGACCGUCUCACAGGACACCGUCAGUCCAGAGAAGGUGGAGCAGCUGCUGUAUCUGGGCUUUGAGAGGGAGGCGGCUGAGGCGGCUCUCAGACUGACGGGGGAAGACGUCCAGUCAGCCACCCAGCUGCUGUUGGACAACCAGGGGGUCCUGUCCCCGGACCUGCUGUCCCCGGACCUGCUGUCCCCGCCCUCCACCUCCACCUCACCUUCCUCUGAGGAGGCCAGCACCUCCUCCACCUCCCCAGAGGACAACGAGCUGGUGAACGAGGUGUUGGAGGACAUCUCCCGCCAUGAGGAGGACUAUCUGGACCUGACUCUGGAGGAGGAGAGUGAGCUCAUCUCCAGGCUGAAGACCUACCUGAACCGAGAGCCCGCCCACACCGUGUGAGCCGGACCCGACCGGGGUUCUGAGUCCGGAGGCUCCGGGGUUCUGGUGGAGCGCUCGCAGCUCAGCGUCUCCUCAGAUCAUCCAUAUUUCUGGUUCUGCUGCAGAACCGCAUCACGUUGUUCCUGAAGUUUAGUUCUAACGCCACGAUGGAACGUUCUCUGUUUGAUUUCAUAGUGUUCUGUUUGGUGUCGUCUGGUUCUGGUGGACCACCUAAUAAAAACGUUUCCUCAAGUCA